GCUGCCGCCGAGGAGCCCGCCUGCCUCCCGGCCUUCCCGCCCCCUGCGGCCGGGACCCCCCUCAGGCGGCUCCGCGCCCGCUCGCCCGCAGCCGGCGGAGCCGGGGCUGUGCUUGUGUGGGGAGGCAAAAGAUUGUACCCAUUCCACAGAAGCUCCUGAUCACUCGCCAGCAUGGUCGUUUUCACAUGCAAUGCGUGUGGAGAGUCUGUGAAGAAAGCACAGGUUGAAAAACACGUGAACAUCUGCAGGAACUGUCAGUGCCUUUCUUGCAUGGAUUGUGGCAAGGAUUUCUGGGGUGAUGAUUAUAAGGAACAUGUGAAGUGUGUAAGUGAAGACCAGAAAUAUGGUGGAAAAGAUUUUGAAGCCAAAACCAACAAAGGAGAUGCUAAACAACAGGAGUGGAUUCAGAAAAUUCAUGAAGUAAUAAAGAAGCCAAACAUAAGCCCUAAAGUGCGGAACAUUCUGGAGCAAAUGCGUGUCUUUGAUAAUAUUCCAAGAAAAAAAGUAAAGUUUCAGAAUUGGAUGAAGAACAGUUUGAGAAUUACUGACAGCACUUUGCAAGACCAGGUGUGGGAUAUUUUCUCUGAAGCAACCCGAAAUAUUUCAAGUGAGAAAGAACAAGCCCAACCACAGCAGAAGGAAGAAGUGCAUUCUGCGGAAACUGGGGAACAAGCAAUGGCAGAAGAAAAUGGAAUUACAGAUGAUAAAGCUGAGAGGAAAAAGAAUAAGAGAGAACGAAAAGAAGAGAGACAAAAGAACAAAAAGAAGGAGAAAAAAGACUUGAAAUUAGAAAACCAGUCAGAAGUAAAAAAGAGUAAAAAGUCCAAAAAAGAAAAGGAGAGCUUGGAGAAUGAAUGUGAAAUAAAUGGAAAUGGCCAGCAGAGUGUAGUAGAAAAGGAAACAAACGUAAAGAAACGCAAACAUAAACAUGCAGAAGAGGAACCUCGUAUCACAACAAAGAGAGUGAAAACUGAACAUGUUUCAGAAGACAUGGAAACAGAAAACACCAAUGGCAACGAAGAGAAUGUGGGAACAGGUAAAUUCAACUGGAAGGGAACUAUCAAAGCUGUUCUCAAACAGGCUCCAGACAAUGAAAUUUCAAUUAAGAAACUAAGAAAAAAGGUUAUAGCUCAGUAUUACGCCGUAGCUGGUGAACAUCACAAAUCAGAAGAGGAUAUUCUAGUCAUAUUUAAUAAGAAAGUAAAUAACAAUCCCAAGUUUAGAGUUUUAAAGGACAAAGUUAAACUCCUGAAAUAAGAGUUUGCAUACUUUCAUAACCUUUGCAUUUUAAUUAGACUGAAACAAAUUCUUCUAUCAGCUGUACAAAUAUCUUGCACUGGUCUCAAAUUGUUCACCUGAGAGCAGAAUUCAACUUUUAAGACUGGAUUCCUCCUCUUUUUCUAGAUAUAUCACAGAACAUUUUAAGAUAUUUUAUUUUUUGAUUUUAUGGAAAAUGUAUAUUUUUUGGUACAAGUUUUAAGAAACAUUGAAAAUAAUUGCUGCCUAUUGUAUUAAAAUUCUUCUAAUGGAUAUAAUCUAUAGGCAAGAAUGUUUAGCAGGACCUGUGUUGUGUGUCUUUUUGCAGAAACUAUUGUAAGAGCAAAGAGGAUUUUCAUAUUCAAAACCCCAUUGUGGAAUAAAUGUUUUGUUAUGCUAAAAUUCUAUGACUGAUAUCCCCCUUUAAUAGGGGGCUUUAAUAACCUGUUAAUUUUGUGUUGUAACAUACAUAAUAAAAGCAUCUUUCAAGUUUGUCUAUGUAGUGUUGCACAAGCAGUGAAAAUCUAAAGACUGAGUUACCUAUCUAUGCACCGUUACUGAAUGUCUUAGUGACGCAACUGACUUCAAUGCAAGUGCUCACAUGGGCCAAAAAUGGAUGAAAUAAAUUACUUUAAAACACCACCUUCAAUAUGAUAGAUCUUGCCACUUUAUGAUUGUAUAAUAAACCCACAAAUUACACAGAUUUGAAGAGACUGUUACAUUGCUGUCACCAGAAUAAUUUAGGCAGGUCAGAAAUCCUUCAUGUAUGUAAGAGACAGGGUUGCCCAGGGAAAGCUACUUGAAGUUUACAGGGGUUUAAUCAAACACAAAAUACUUUAGAUAGGAAGUUUUCUACCAUGAAGUAAUUUGUUAAAAACAGUCGUAGAAAUCCAGGGAAAAUUUCUUGCAGUAGAUAGUAUGGUGUUUUGGAAAAGUGCACAGUGAUUUCCAGCAGGUACACUUUUACAGAACUCCAUAAUGAAAAUACCUGAAUUUAUAGGAAUAUUGAAUAUAUUAAAAAUAGAAAGAUAAAGAAAUUAACUGUUCCACUGGGUCCAGUUUUUCUGAAUACAUAUUUGUCUUGUUUAUUAUAAGAGUUGCAAUAAAAUGCCUAAUACGUUUAA